UAUAUGUAUAUGUAUGUAUGUAUAUGUAUGUAUAUGUAUAUAUAUAUGUAUAUAUGUAUAUAUAUAUAUAUAUAUAUAUUCAUAUAUAUAUGUAUAUGUGUGUGUAUAUAUGUAUGGUUGUAUUUCAUGUACAAUAUCCGAUGUCCAAUAGAUGGAAGUUUUGCAAGUAGGGGACCGUGAAAACGCUUUGUUAUCAUAUAUCCAUUUCAAUAAAAGUACCUUCCUACUAUUCCGAUGAAAUUAUUUGCCUUUUGACUUGGAAAACGUUGUCGUAUUUUAGAAACUUCUAUCUCAAAAAAUAUACAAAUAAAUGUAACAAAAGCGAUCUUGUAUUGAACAAAGGAUUUCCCCACAAAAAAGGAUAUAGCAAGAAAGAUAACGAAGAUAUGAUAAACCUCGUGCUUCUAGAGGCAAGAUAAAGAUAAGAAGACAUGCCGAAAUGCAGUGGAUUACCAUUCAGUCGACAUGCUGAAGCGUGUGCUUGUUACGCUGCUCUUCGUUCAAGCAUGUACUGCUUGGGAGAACUUCGUGUACCCGCUCGGCCAUGCGGGUACCUGCUUAGAAGCUGGGACGACUUGUCUUGCUUGUAAUGCGCUUGUUAACUGCUUCCCCACUGAGCAGGGUCUCGAGUCCCUUGUUAUCUCCUGCCCCCCUGACACUAAGUGCCAUGUGGAAGGGGGUGUCGCCUCCUGCUUUCCAGAGUCCGAAGUAGCCGAAUGUGCAUGUUCGAGUCUGGGCGUGUUUCCCGAUCCCUACAGCCAACGCCACUACUUCAUAUGUUAUCCUGAAGGCGACAACACUAUGACAGCUGCAGAGGCCGAGUGUCCGGAAGGCAGUGUGUUCAGUGAGGGAAAGCAAGACUGUGUGGAAGAGAUCGUCGGAGAGAUAUGCACGCACCCGGGGGUCUUCCCCACGUCACUCUGCUCCCCAGGCUUCUACUACUGCGUCUACCAAGAGGGAAGCAACCGCCUCGUUCGGGUGCGGUUCACGUGUCCGCAGCACGAGGUCUUCCAUCCGAGCCUCCACGAGUGCACACGCCCGGAGUCGGUGACAGAAUGCUCGCAGACAACCUUUUCCCGACCUGAGUGGACCACAGGCACCUGGUGGAGGACAUCCACUUAUCCACCUGAGUCAAGCACAGGCCCCUGGUGGAAGACAUCCACUUAUCCACCUGAGUCAAGCACAGGCCCCUGGUGGAAGACAUCCACUUCCCGACCUGAGUCAAGCACAGACCCCUGGUGGAAGACAUCCACUUAUCCACCUGAGUCAAGCACAGGCCCCUUGGUGGAAGACAUCCACUUAUCCACCUGA